AUGCUCGCAAGCGUCGCCUACUUCGCUGCCAUCCCGAAAGCAGAUAUUAGAGCAGGCAAGACGAUUGCCGCUGGUCUUCUCUUCACCCGUGUCUUUGGCGGCCACAAGGCAGUCCGUGGUUUGAACUUUCUGAUCGCGCUCAGCUCGUUCGGCAACCUCGUGGCAGUCUUUCUGGGUACAUCGCGAUUGAUUCCACCUCGCGCGGGCGAUGCGUUCAACUUCACAACAGACUUGCAGGUCUAUCCGUCUUCGAUUCCCAACCUCCUAAUGACCAUCGACAUCUUCGUCGUCCGAUCGAAUCACAAGCGACUGGGUCUUCCCGAACCGCAAUUCAAAGCUUGGCUGCCGGUCUUGGUUUUCAGUGUCUUCGUAAAGUUAUACUUGAUCAUCAUGCCAUGGUAUCCGCCAGCCAAGGGAAAGUACGGUGGAGAUGUUAGCUUCUGGUACGGAACCUACAUUGUCACCAGCAUCGGCAUCUUAAUCCUGUGCGGCAUAUACUACCUCAUUUAUAUCGAGGUGUUGCCAAGGAUCGGCAGGUACAGGAUGCGGUACGAGCUAGUGACACUAGGUAGUGGUGCGGAGGCUCACACACCAGUAAAGGUUCCUCUCAACGAACUGGACGAGUGGGACGGAAGACACGAUGCCACUGGUGCAAACUUGCGCGACUUUGGUAGCGAAACCGAAAAGGUAGCCGAUGAGACAUUCGAGAAGACCAAGCAGUAG